AUAAUAUGGAAAGUAUGCAACGAUACGUAUCUCCGGUGAACCCAGCUGUAUUCCCACACCUAGCUACGGUUUUGCUAACAAUAGGAACCUUCUUCACUGCCUGGUUUUUCGUAUUUGUGGUAUCUCGACCAAAGCAUUCAAAAGAACGUACUCUAUUUAAGGAACUUUCAAUCAGUCUCUGUGCGUCAAUUUUCCUUGGUUUUGGAGUUGUUUUUCUAAUGCUUUCAGUGGGUAUAUAUAUAUAAAAUGAUUAGCGACUUGUGAAUUAAAGUUUUAGUAUCGGCCAGAGGUUUCCAAUAAAAAAAACAUUGCUUCUCGUGUAAACAAAA